CGCCCCGUUGCCAACCCUACCUGUUCACCUUCUUGGCCUCGGCCUCGGCCUCCAUUAGUGCAAAAAAAAAAAAAAGUACACAAGCCUCAAUAAAUAAAUAAAAAAACAAGUACACAAGCUCAGUAUGCAGUAAAGUCAAUUACGAACUAGGGUUAAUUACAUAAAUCCCACCAAACUGCGUUCUCAUUCUUCUGUUGCUCGCGAAUCGCCUUGCCUCCAGAUUCCGUCGGCGCUGAGUUCUCUGGAUAGCAUGCUUCUGUUCGGUUAAGUUUUCGGUGAACUUGCUUAGUUUAGGGUUUCAAUUAAAUGGAGGGCUGCCGUGCUACAGCUAGUUCUCUGGCCAUUAAGCCGAUAAACAAAGGCGUAGUUCAUAGGAUCUGCGCGGGGCAAGUAAUUUUGGACCUUUCGUCUGCUGUGAAGGAACUAGUAGAGAAUAGCUUGGACGCCGGCGCUACUAGCAUCGAGAUCUGUCUCAAAGAAUACGGCGAAGAGCGGUUUCAGGUCAUCGACAACGGAUGCGGUAUCUCUCCGGACAACUACAAGGUUAUCGCACUUAAGCAUCACACUUCAAAGAUGACCAAUUUCACGGAUCUUCAAUCUCUGACAACAUAUGGUUUCAGAGGGGAGGCGAUCAGCUCUCUGUGCGCGUUAGCAGAUGUUACCAUUGAGACCCGAACCAAGAAUGAGACUAUAGCAGCUCAUCUUAGUUUCGAUCAUUCCGGUGUACUGAUUGGUGAAAGGAAAACAGCGAGGCAGGUUGGGACCACCGUGACGGUUACGAAGCUGUUUUCCAAUUUACCAGUGAGAAGCAAGGAAUUCAAGCGAAACAUACGCAAGGAAUAUGGGAAGCUUAUUUCUUUGCUGAAUGUAAGCGUUUCCUUCUUCCUCGUAUGUUCUUUUGCUUCCCCCAGUGUCUUUUGCUAUUCUCCUCUCUGGCUCUGCUGAUGGUCUGGGAUGCAUCUAGUUAUAAGCCCACUUUCGUAUCCAGAAAGCGUUCAUCGUUUGUGAACAUGCAUAUGCACUUAUUGCUAAGGGCGUUCGAUUUGUUUGUAGCAAUACAACUGGCAAAAAUGCAAAGUCCGUGGUACUGAAAACGCAGGGAAGUGAUUCAUGGAAGGACAAUAUUACAACUGUUCUUGGUGUGAAAAUAUUCUGCUGCUUACAGCCCGUGAAUAUCGAUAUGCCAGAUGGCUGCAAGGUUGAUGGCUUCGUUUCUAAACCUGGACAGGGGAGUGGUCGUAAUUUGGGAGAUAGGCAGUACAUUUUCGUAAAUAGCCGUCCAGUUGAUAUACCUAAGGUCAACAAACUUGUCAAUGAGUUAUACAAGGCUGCGAACUCCAAGCAAUAUCCUAUUGUGAUUAUGAAUUUCAGUCUGCCAACCAAAGAAUGCGAUGUCAAUGUCACUCCUGAUAAAAGAAAAGUAUUCCUUUCUGCUGAGACCUCCAUCCUGCUCGCUCUCAGGGAGGGUUUGAAUCAAAUUUAUUCCCCUACUAGUGCCUGUUAUACUGUCAAUAACUUUGGGGAUAACACCAAGGUACCAGAUAGCAUUAAGUUGUCUUGUUCCGAGAGAAAGCCUCCGUUCCUGGAAAAUCAAGGGUCUUCUGCAGAUCACACAGGCAACAUGGAGAUUCAUGUGGAUGGGCAUGGGACAGAGGGAAGUAGUCCUCUUGAUGGCGUCGAAACUGAACCUGGGCCAUACGAUAUCAGCAAAAGAUUGAUUGGUAGUGUUGAUGAGGAGUUUGCAAUGAAGGGAUACUCUCUCGGAAUGCAUCGGCUUAAGAACAUUGAUUUGUCAAGUAAGAGUACAAAAGACACAAGCCGCCUCAAUGUUGAGAUGAAUCAAAAUUCUUCAUCAGCCAGUGGAGUUAUUGAGAAAGCUUUUCACAAUAAAGAUUGCAGUGUUCCUCUAUCCACUGUCCAAUCAACACUAAAUAAGUUUGUAACGGUAAAUAAGAGAAAGUAUGAAGAUAUUUGUCCAGCAGUAUCCGAAGUUCCUCUUCUAAGGGAACAAAUUGGUCAGUCUACUACGAAGAAAGGAAAUUCUGGUAUCUGCGGGAAAGAUAAAUGCCUCUGUCUUAGUCAUUCCCAAAGUGGUUGUUCUGAUAAAUUGAGCGAGAACGAGACAUCCAAGAACCUCACAGCUGUUAAGUUGAGUGAUACGUUACUGUUCGGAAGAUCUGCAAGUGAUGAUAAAGGGAGAAAGGAUGCUGGAGUUGAAGGGAACACAUUAUUUACUGUGGAAGCUUCUGGGGGAGUUUCAAAUGCGAUGGUUGAUACUCCAGUGCUCCCCUCUUCAAACAAGAAAUGUUCCACGGUGCGUUUUAGUUUUCAAGAUAUGAAAGCAAAGAGGAAGCAGAUACUUUCAAGAUUGAAGUCCCACAGCUGUGCUACCGACAGCUAUAAGAUUAAAAGUCACCGGAGCUAUGCUGCUGCCACGUUGGAGGUUUCUCAGUGUGAUGACGAGGAGCGUAAAUCUAAAGCUUUGGCGGCUGCAACCACUGAGUUGGACAGACUUUUCAAGAAAGAUGAUUUUGGCAGAAUGAAGGUGGAUCUGGUUUCCUAUUUUAGCUCGAACUGCACCCUUAGCUAAUUUAAUACCAACGUCAAUCCCAACCUCAUUAAGCUUGGGGAUGUGCCUAUGUAUAGGUGAUUGGACAAUUUAAUCUUGGAUUUAUCAUCGGUAAGUUAGAUCAAGACUUGUUCAUUGUGGACCAGCAUGCUGCCGAUGAGAAGUACAAUUUUGAGCGGCUGUGCCAAUCAACCAUCCUGAACCAACAACCCUUGCUUCGGGCGUUGAGGUUAGAGCUCACUGCAGAGGAGGAAGAAGUCGCAGCAAUGAACAUGGGCAUAAUCAGACCCAGAUGCGCCCCCAGGAUUCCGUUUCCAACUGAAUGCUGUUCCUUUCAGCAAGAACAUAACUUUUGGAGUUGAAGAGUAAAUUGUAGGUAGAUGGCCAAGUCACUUAGGCCAGUAGCUGUAAGUUGCUAUGUUGAGACAAUGGAAUGGACUAGUAUAAAGUAUGGUGAACCUUUUCAACUGCAUGGGGUGAGCAAAACAUGUGCCCUGCGAACAUAUGCUGUCGUGGAAUCCCUAGAGGUGUGAAUGCUAAUUUGGCUUUGUCAACAGAUGUGAAAGACUUGAUUUCUACUCUAGCUGAUAGUGAAGGCUCAGUAAUCAGCAGCUACAAAAUGGACACCAUUGACUCUGUGUGCCCACUCAGAGUAAGGACAAUGUUGGCUUCGCGUGCAUGCCGAUCAUCAGUUAUGAUAGGCGAUCCGCUAGGCAGGAACGAGAUGAGGAAGAUAGUGGAGCAUUUGGCGGGUCUAAAAUCGCCUUGGAACUGUCCUCAUGGCCGGCCAACCAUGCGCCACCUAGUUGACUUGACAUCUAUCUACCUUAAAUCUCUCAACGCCUUUACUUAAAUUUAUUCUGUAAUAGGGCUGUUACUGUAAAAGCUUCUCUGUCAGUUUCUCUCUACGUGCAAGAUACAUUGAUGGUGACUGUUUUCUUGGUGUUCUGGAUUUGUUUCAAUCCAAUGCUGACUGGUAAAAGAGUUGUAUGGAGAAGCAGAGGGCUUAACAAUCAUUUUGUUAAUUUAUUAGAAGUAAAUAAUUAUUAGCGAAACCUUCCCCGCCUUUUUUCUAUUAGCCAAACAUAUAGAAUUCUGAAUUGCUAUUUAUAGCCCUAGC